GACGACAUUCAAGUCCUCUUGCAUACUGUCAUGUUUCGUGGGACACCCUGUAUGUAAAUACUAUUUACUAAUUUGAUACUAAUACUAAUUUGAAAAAAGAACCCCCUUUCACUCCCUUUUGUACAAUUUUCACAUUGUUAAUAAAUUUUCAGAUUAAAUCAUGGUCAAGAUUAUAAAUGUCUCCGCAUGGAUGCUUCUCCUUAAUACAGUCCUGGGAUUCCAUCAAGGAGAACAGUUUAUUAGAAUCCAAUCUCCAGGUAGUCUACCCUUCUACAAGAGUGCUACUGUAUCCCCUGUAUCAAGGUUUCAAUGUAUAAUUAAGUGCAACCAAGACCAAUAUUGUGAUAGGUUUGAUUUCAAGAAUGAAGAAUGUACUCUAGGGAGAGGAAAAUUUGUUUCUUGGCAAAAUACUGUGGUAGAAUACUUGGAUGCAACAGAACUGUGGUUGAAAGUCUAUAAGACAGAGUGUGCGGAGCCGAAAUGUGUGAGCCGGGAUAUGUCCUACACUGGAGAUAACAAUUUUGCAGUUGUAUACUCUGUUGGUUCUCCUGAUGAGUGUGCUUGUGAGUGCACAAAGACCAAGGGUUGCACUAACUGGGGAUAUGUUGGAACUGAAUGUUACCUGAAGCAUACUCUAACUGAUCUUGAAGCAUAUCCUAAUGCUCAGUCCGGAUCUCUCCUCUGUUAGCAUUUUGUUGAUUGCAGAGGAUGUCAUAGCUGAAAACUUUUAAAUUGUGGAUGCUUGAUCUCCUCUUUUUUAUUAAUCUUAAAGGGACUGUAA